AUGCGUAUCGGUGAUAACAAACCUCAUUUUUGUGGAAAUCGUAGUACAUUUCUAACAUUUGAUGAUCUAUCAUCUGGUGAAGCAAUACUAAAUGGUUAUAAUGGUAUUAAUUUGAAUAAUGCAUAUGCUCUCAUCAACGGUUUUGUAGUAAGUGGAUAUUCCACAGGUACUGUUAAUGGAAAUCUUACAAUGUUUAACGGAGGUGAAACUCCGAUGACGAUGACAGGUGCCAACGGUGCUCUUUUCACUUUAAACUCUGCUGGAGUCAUUGUAAAUAAUACUUUUAUACAUCAAGUAUUGACGGUAUCUUAUAUAACAUUCAAAGGAUAUUCAGGAUUAGAUGCAGCUGUAUUUUCAACAUCAGGCGGAACAAUAAAUCCAAUUUUUUUUUGGCGAUCUUGGUCGAUAUGCAAUGGAUAG